ACACACGACCGAUUUGCGAUCUCAGGUGCGAACAUAUCACCAUCCACACCACAGACAUGUGCGCAGUUUCUGUUACGGUACUCGCCAAGGGAGGAUGCGCUAGUGCAUGUGGGGGUGCGGCGGGGGUGCUUUGAUCCGAGUCUUGGCGAGGUGUGGAAUUAAUUAAUUUGGGGAUAAGACUGACGAGGGGCUCGAUGGUGGACAACAUCACGACACUCGACAAUUGACACGCGACACGCGACACACGACAUAAACGACACACGACACAAACGACACACGACACAAACUACCAAAGGACCUUUUCUUCAUUGUUGUUAUAUACAGUUGUGGUUUAGGGCUGUGUAUUGGAUACUUUUUUGUUAGGGGUAUGAGACGGGAGCUGGUGUGAUUGGAUAUGCGCACUCUUGUGAUCCUGGCUGUGGCGAUUGUGGCGGUGGCCGUUGGGGCGCUGUCGGAGGAUGGCGGGCAGAUUGUUAUCGGCGGUCACUCGCGUGCGAAGGAGGGGAAGAAGUUCAGUGGGCGGUUUUUGCAUAUUACAGACCUCCAUCCAGAUCCCUACUACAAGCCGCAUACCUCCCUCACCACAUGCCACCGCACUCCCGGCCCCUCCCUCCCCUACGGCACCCCCCUCUCCGACUGCGACUCCCCCCUGUCCCUCGUCAACGCGACUCUCUCCUGGAUCGACGCCCACCUCCCCGCCGUCGACUUCGUGAUCUGGACCGGCGACUCCGCGCGCCACGACAGGGACGAGCAGAUUCCCCGUACCGCAGCCGAGAUUACCGAUACCAACACGCAACUCGCUGAUGCGUUUCGCGAGGCGUUUGCGGAUAAGGGCGUCCCGGUUGUGCCGACGUUGGGGAAUAAUGAUAUUCUCCCCCAUAACAUCCUCCUAGCGGGUCCGAAUAAGUGGUUACAGACGUAUGGCCGCGUAUGGCACCAUUUCAUACCCGAAGCGCAACGCCAUGGGUUCCAGCGCGGGGGGUGGUUCACGGUAGAUGUUAUCCCUGGGCGUUUGGCGGUCGUGAGUCUGAAUACGCUAUAUUUCUUCGAGCGCAACAGUGCUGUUAAUGGAUGCGCGAAGAGGAGCGAGCCGGGGUGGGAACAGAUGGAGUGGUUGGGGAUACAGCUUGGGUUUAUGAGGGAUAGGGGCGUGAAGGCGAUACUGAUGGGGCAUGUGCCGCCCGCGCGGACGGGGCGGAAGAAGUUGUGGGAUGAAAGUUGUUGGGGACGGUAUGUGGUGUGGGUGGAAAGGUAUAGGGAUGUGGUUGUGGGAGGGGCAUGGGGACAUAUGAAUAUCGACCAUUUCCUGCUGCAGAAGGGGAAGAAUGGUGUCAAAGCUCUGAUGGGACCGCAGAGUGAGGAGGUGGUGGAGGGGUGGGCGAUUGGUGAUAUGGGAGGGGACGUCGCGAUAGCGUCUGUGGACGAGUAUCUCGGAGAGCUGAGGGAUGGGUUUGCGAAAGUCCCGGAUCCGAGGGAUGCGUUGAAGAGGGAGGUGGAGGGGGAGUCGAGGGGGGAGAGGGAGAAGAGGAAGAGGGCGCUGAAGAGGAUGGGCGGGGAGUGGGCGAAGCGGUAUCAGGUGUCGCUUGUGAGCCCGAGUGUGGUGCCGAAUUAUUUUCCGUCGUUGAGGGUGGUGGAGUAUAAUGUUAGUGGGCUGGAUGGAGCGGUGGGGGGGGAGGUGGAGGAGAGGGCGACUGCUACGUCGUGGGGGUUGCCUGGGGAGGAUGAGGGUGAGGAUGAGGACUUUGAUGAGGAGGAUUCUGACGACGAAGAUGAGGUGGAGGAUGAAGAGGAGGACGGAGACGCACACACCGAUGGCAAGAAAGACAAAAAGAAGAAGAAGUACCGCAAACCCACACACCCCAAACACCCCGACCUCAAGAUCCCACCUCCACCCCCGCGCGGCUCACCACCGGGUCCAGCAUACUCCCCCCAGCCACUGUCGUGGACGGGGUAUACGCAGUACUUUGCGAAUCUGACUCGUAUGGCUGAGGCUGAGGCUGCGGCCGAUGCUGCUGCUGCUGCUACUAAUUCCAACGGUGUGGAUGUAGAAGGAGGCGGCAAGGGGAAGAACGGCAAGGGAGGCAAGGGGGGGAAGGACAAGCCGAAACAUGGAGAUGGCGGCGAAUUCAAAUACGAAAUCGAAUACACCACCUUCAACGACUCAAAGGGGUUUGCACUCCCGGACUUGACUGUGCGGAGUUUCCUGGGGUUAGCGCAUCGGAUUGGUCGCGCGAAGGGGGGGAUUUCAAGUUUUGGCGCUAUGGAGAGUGCCGAAGAAGUUGAUGCCGAAGCUGGUGCCGAAGUUGAUGCCGAAGCUGGUGCCAAGGAGGAUGAGGUGCGGGGACUGGUAGAGAGAGUACGAAACUGGUUCUCGGACGACGACGAAGAUGUGGAGGCAGAAGGCAAGAAGAAGAAGAAGAAGAAGAAGAAGAAUGGGAAGGGGAAGAAGGGAGAAAACAAGAAGCGCGAGAGGGCGUGGAAGGUGUUUGUUAAUAGGGCGUUUGUGGGGACGGGGGCGGAGGAGAGGAUGGGCUCCUCCGGUGUGAGUGAGAGGGAGAGGGGGGAGGGGGGAGGGGGAGGAGUUGUAGAUGGAUGGAUGGAUAGAUGAGGGGUUGUAAAUGGAUGGAGGAGGUAGCUGUUUGUAGAUAUAUACCCAUUUGAUGCAUUUAACACCAACUCAUCAUCAACUCACCCUAACGCAUCCAUAAUCACCUCCUCUAUCAACCCUAGAAUCAUGAAACGGGCCAAAUUGAUAGAGUGAUUCAUAGUAGAGUAGAAUAGCUAUAGAAUAGAC